AUGGCUUUCUCCAUGUCGCUCCCCUCCGACAUGCUCCGCAAGGCCGGAAGCAGCGGAGGCUGCGCAGCUGCCCGAUCCCGCCGCAGUCGAGGGAACAAGGGACUCAGCGCUCGGGGCCCUGGGUCUCGGGGAGACGGGCGGCAGCCGCCUCCGGGGACCUGCGGGGAUGAGAGCCCCGGCGCCGGCUCGGCUUCGGCGGGCGGCUCUAGGCUGGCGGCGGCGGCCCCCGGGAACAAGCCUUUGUGCUGGGCCCCGCGCGGCCGCCUCCCGGCCUCAUCCCCGGCCGGGGAUGCAGGCUCCCGGGGCAGGGCGAGGCGGGGAAGGCCCCGAUCCGGGGCGAUGUGCUGGGGCCUCGCGGGGCCGCCGCUUAGGCCCGGGCUCGCCAGGUCCUGA